CCCUCACCUCAACGGAUAAAGAGACCCAUCAAACUGAAGAGCUCUGUGCUCAGAGAGAGAGAGCAAUGGCAGCGGUUUCAUGCUCAUGGCUUACCCUUCCCUCCAAAAUGAGGAACGUUUCCCUCACUUCCUCUUCUUCUUCUUCCUCUGCUUCCAUCUCCAAUUCCACUUCUCUGAGUUUCUCCAGAAACCUUUCUCACGCUGUCUUUUUACAAGGUAGUAGCUUGUCGUUGAACACAGUGAAGAGGCGUAGCUUGGUGGUUUGCGAGGUGGCUACGAAGAAAAAGGUCGAUUCGGCAGUGAAGAGAGCUCGCCAGGCUGAGAAACGCCGCGUUUACAACAAAGCCCGCAAAUCAGAGAUAAGAACCCGUAUGAAGAAGGUUUUGGAAGCUCUGGAAGAUCUUAAGAAGAAACCUGAGGCACAAGUUGACGAAAUCCUCCCAAUUGAGAAACUGAUUGGAGAGGCAUAUUCAGUAAUUGACAAAGCAGUGAAAGUGGGCACACUGCACCGGAACACCGGAGCAAAUCGCAAGUCUCGGCUUGCCAGAAGAAAGAAGGCAGUGGAGAUUCAUCGUGGCUGGUAUACCCCUGUUCCUGAACCUAGUAGUGCCUGAAACAAUCCUCUACAUGGAUUAAAACGAGGUGUCAGUGAAGACUUCUGCAGAUUUUUUUUCACUCUGAUCAAGCAUUGUAUUUAGUCUUCUUUGGUGUUGGUUCAAGUUGGUUUACUUUUCCAUAAUUAAAAUGUGUACUACCAUCAUGUAGAGCCAUUGAUUUUACAAGCAUCUUCGUAAUUAGCUACUUUUUCCUUAUUGUAGUAUAUUGCAAUGCCUCCUUAAAUUGAAUGAUAGUUGUGCUGUGGUGAAAACUUGAUUGUUGUUGUAAUCCUGCUCAUGAUUGCUGUUGCCCAUGUAA